GGGUCGUUGGUUGGUGAGACGAGUGGCCCUGUAUGUGACACCUCAACUCAACCUACCUUCACCAUGGCAGCUCACUCACUACUCUAACUGCUGAUUAACUGGAACCGUGACGGAGGGAGAGGAAGAGGGCCUCCGAAUCUCUCCCAUCAUCUGCUUCUGCUCCAUCCUCAGCGCUACACCUCCUCCUCCAUCAGAUGAACCUUUCUCUUUAACAAGCAACGGCGCAUGCUUUCCACGCUAGGUUUCAUGAUAGUACAACCCAGGCUGACCUGAUGUGUGUAUAGGGAGUUGAGUCACACGCAAUCCUUGUAUUCUAUCACCAUACUGCUCCUGCUUGACAAAAUAUUGCUGCUGAGCAAGUGAGCACCAACAUAUCUGGGGCUCACAUGGAAGCAGAGGCAGCGGUAGCAGACGAGGAGAAGCCGCUGAUUCACCACCUGCCUCGUCAGGAUGAAGGUUCAGAGCAUACAAGUGAUGGAACAGUUGAUAUCAACAAACAGCCUGCUAGGAGGCGUAGUACAGGGAACUGGAGGGCAUGCUACUUCAUUUUAGGUGCUGAAUUCACCGAAGGCAUCUGCUUCUUCGGGAUCCAGAAGAACUUGGUCACGUACCUCACGAGCGUGCUGCACGAGAGCAAUGUCGACGCCGCCAGGAACGUGUCGACCUGGACCGGCAGUUGCUUCUUCACGCCGCUCAUUGGAGCCUUCUUGGCCGACACAUAUUGGGGGAGAUACCGGGCAAUAGUAGUCUUCCUUUCAGUCUAUACCAUUGGGAUGUUGGUCAUGACAUUAUCAGCGUCGCUCCCGGUGCUGAUGCCCUCUUUCAGCAGCAGCGAAAUCCAGCGCACCACGGUCUACCUAGGGCUCUAUCUCGUCGCCUUGGGGACCGGCGGCAUCAAGCCGUGCACGUCGGCCCUCGGGGCAGACCAGUUCGACAGCGCCGACCCGGUGGAGCGGUUGACCAAGGGCUCCUUUUUCAACUGGUACUACUUCCUGAUUAACAUGGGCUGCCUUCUGUCGACUACCGUGCUUGUUUGGGUUCAGGACAAUGUCGGGUGGGGAGUCGGGUAUGCUAUCCCCACCGUGCUGAUGGGCUUCGGGCUCGUCGUAUUCGUCUCCGGGAGGAAUGUUUACAGGUAUAAGAGACUGGGAGGGAGCCCUCUGAAGAGGGUCUCACAGGUAGUCAUCGCGGCCGCAAGGAAUUAUCGUCUCAAGUUGCCUGAUGAUAGCUCAGCACUGCUGUAUGAGGAGAGUGGAGCCAAUUUCAGCACUAAGCAUACCAGUCGGUUCAGGUUCCUUGACAAGGCUGCCAUUCUAGUACCACCAUCUUCGGGCAAGGCUGUGGAGAUGAUGGACCCAUGGAGGACAUGCACGGUGUCACAGGUCGAGGAGCUGAAGAUGCUGCUGCAGUUGUUCCCCGUCUGGGCGUCUCUGCUCUUCUUCUUUGCGGUCACCGCUCAGAUGUCGUCGACCCUGGUUGAGCAGGGCAUGGCCAUGGACAACCGCAUCGGCAAGUUCUUGGUCCCGCCAGCCUCCCUCUCGACGUUCGACAUCCUCGCUGUCGCAGCCUUCAUCCCCGUCUAUGACCUCGUGCUGGUGCCGCUCGUGCGCCGCGCCACCGGGAGGGACCGGGGUCUGUCGCAGCUGCAGCGCCUUGGCGUCGGCCUUGCACUGUCCGUGCUCGCCAUGGCCUACUCAGCGUCGGUCGAGAUGAGGCGGCUGGCGGCAGUCAGAGCCGGCCGGAGCGUGAACAUCAUGUGGCAGACGCCGUCCUACGUUGUGCUCGGCGUGGCCGAGGUGUUCACCAGCGUCGGCAUCAUGGAGUUCUUCUACGAUGAGUCCCCGGAGUCCAUGAAGAGCAUGGGCGCGGCGCUCGCCCAGCUUGCCAUCUCGGCCGGGAACUACCUCAACUCCGCCGUGCUCGGCGUGGUGGCGUCGGCGACGGGGCGUGGCGGCGCACCCGGGUGGAUCCCGGAUGACCUUGAUGUAGGCCACCUCGAUUACUUCUUCUGGAUGAUGGCUGGUCUCAGCGCGCUGAAUCUGUUGCUGUUCAUCUACUUCUCACUGAGAUACAAAGGCUAGAGUUUUCAGGUGUAUAUUUUUCUUUUGCUAGGCUGAAAAUGUAUAGCAGUUCCUCUGAACAAAAAAUGUAUUAAUUAUAUCUAUAAAUUCUGCCAACAUGUUAUACAUUAA